CCAGUGCAUUGUGGGCUCAGUCCGUUGUUCAUUUGCCAUUCGACCUCGGCCGUGCAGAGAGCGGCGACGGCGUUUUGUGGGCGCCAUUGUAUGCGGGGAGCCCGGGCGGACAGGACGCGCCGUGUGAGAGGUAUAGCGGCUCCCAGAAGGCUGUGCGCGGCGGACGGCGGGGGGGACUCCCGGUCACCUCACAUAUCACCGGGCGGGCCCCCUGUGUGGACGGAGCGAGGCUUGUGGUGACAUGGCGGAGAUGAACCGCAGGACAUUGGCCUUCCGGGGAGGCGGUCUGAGCGCCGCCGUUGCUGCCGGGAACAAUAACAACAAUAAUGGCGUCAGCUCGGAGGAGGAGGCCUCGGCCUGGGCUCUGGGCCGGCAGCUGAAUGGAGGAGGAGGAGGCGGUGUUGGCGAAGAGGAGGUGGAAGUGGAGCUGGAGCCGGAGGGCCUGCUGGAGGAUGACGAGGAGGACGGAGAGGCCUACCCCGGGGCGACGAAGGCGGCUGCGGCGGUCCCGGUCGGAGGAGUGACCGGGCCCUCGGUGAGCGGGGAUAGCAGUGAGGAGGAUGAAGAUGACGAGGAGGAGGAAGACGAGGAUGGCGGGAAGGCGGUGGAGGGGGACGAGGACUGCACCCUGAUCCCGGGAGGAGGAGGAGAUGGGCCCCGCCGCUUCGGCCUCCUUCCCUCCACCCGGCCCCAGUCCCUUCUCCCCAGCCUGCACUGCUCCUUCCAGGGAUCAUGGCUCCACGAGUUCCCCUGGCUGCGCUUCUCCCAGGAGAACGGCCUCAUGUCCUGUACCUGGUGCCACUCCAACGAACAGGCCGGGCACGACGAGCUCACCAAGGGCACCCGGAGCUACAAGAGGGCCCUACUGGUCCGACACGGACAGACCACCGAACACAGGCUCAACGACCCCGCCGUACAGGAGUCAGAAAUAAAGCAGGAAGUGCCAGAGACCUACAGCGACUAUAGUAUAAAGCCAAAUGAAAAUUCCUACUGUUACCAACUUUUACAAGAACUCAAUGACCAGAGGAAAAAAGGCAUUCUUUGUGAUGUCAAUAUUGUAGUAAAUGGUAAAGUCUUCAGAGCCCACAAGAAUAUCCUGGUUGCAGGCAGCCGUUUUUUUAAAACCAUGUACUGUUUUACAAACAAAGAAAGCCGUGACCAAACCACUGUUACUUACUUGGAUGUUGUUGCUGUGCAUGGUUUUUCAGUCAUUUUAGACUUUAUGUACUCUGGUAAUCUUGUACUCACCAGCCAAAAUGCCAUAGAAGUGAUGACUGUGGCCAGCUAUCUCCAGAUGACUGAAGUUGUUCAGUCGUGUCGUAAUUUCAUCAAAGAUGCCUUGAAUAUAAGUAUAAAAUCUGAAGCUCCAGAGUCCGUUGUUGUAAACUAUAACAAAAGGAAGAACAAAGAUGGGGUUGCUUCCCGGGAUCAGAAAGUGGCCAGUUUUUGGGCUACCCGUAAUCUUACAAAUCUGGCAAGUAACAUAAAACUUGAAACAGAUGGAUUUAGUUUAGAAGAUCCUGCAACUGAUAACUUUCAAGCCAAUGACUCCACGUGGAUUCAGGACAGUUCUCCAGAAGUGACAGAAAUUGAGCCCCCAGCUCAGGGAAAGGUAUUUGUGUGGAAUGAUAUGGCUUCAAAUUCAGUUGGUUUGCAAGAGCCCAACAACAACAAGGCCAGGAGAAAAAACCAAACCACCAAAAGAUUUGUGUAUAACAUCCCUCCAAACAAUGAACUCCAAGUAGAUGGUAACACAAUGCUGCAGCAGCCGGUUCCUUAUGUAGACGAGGAUGUACAGUGCUUCCAGGAUGCAGCAGGCACCUCAAAAGAGUUCAAAUUUGGCAUGUUCCCAGAACCCUGGCCGAGAGAAGCUUGGGAGAAUGGAGAUGGAUCCUCUGGGCUAAUGAACAUGAAUAAAUUAAAAUGUCCUCACUGCAACUAUGUCGCAAAAUACAGAAGAACACUUAAAAGACACUUGCUCAUUCACACAGGAGUGAGAUCUUUUAGCUGUGACAUCUGUGGAAAGCUCUUUACUAGAAGAGAGCAUGUCAAGAGACAUUCCUUGGUGCAUAAAAAAGACAAGAAAUACAAGUGCAUGGUAUGUAAAAAGAUCUUCAUGCUCGCAGCAAGUGUUGGAAUUCGGCAUGGAUCUCGGCGCUAUGGAGUUUGUGUAGACUGUGUGGAUAAAUCUCAACCAGGACUCCAAGAGGGUGGUGUAGAGCAGGUGACGGAUGACUUCCCUAGAGAUGAAGAAUACGAUGACAAUGACCCUAUAGAGACAGUAGAUGGAGAUGAUGACCUGGUGGACGAAGGAGAAGAUCCAAAUGAUCAUACUCAAUGGUCAGAGCAAAAUGACGGCUCACGUUGGGGAGAACAGAAUGAUCCUUCACAGUGGGAAAGACAGAAACCCCAGCCUCGAUGGGACGGAUCAGGAGAUGUUUGUAUGACAAUAGACGACUGACUUGACUGCCAAUAGGCAUUUCCACUCAAGGGUGCUGCAGCUGGACAGGAUGCUUAAUUUGAUUGAUGAUUCGUCAUUGAACCGAAGGCUUGUAAAACAUGGUACCGUGCUGGACAAUAGUUAUUGCUGUGAAAACUGUAGGGUCAAAGCCUUAUAGCAAAAAAUAUCUUUUUUUUAUUUUAUUUUUUCCAGUAAUUUGCACAGGACUGUACAGAAUACAGCAAUUUUGGAUGAAAUUUACAGAGUCCUAACAUCUCCAAUCAGUUAUCAAAGAAAUGUAUUUUUUAUUUAUAGGAUAUAGCUAUGUUGGUCCUAUCAAAGUCUAAAUACUACUAAUGUAAUGUUAAUACGUGUAUCAGUUUUGGUUAGGAUGAAAAGCAAUGAUGAAUCGUGGUAUGAAUGUGAUGUUCCUUACACUACUAGAAGAGUGGGACACAUUAUUAAAUAUAUUGAGAACUUUUUUUCCUCACUGUAGGGAUCCGGCUGCACUGCUUUAAGCUCAGCUGCAGGUCUUUAUUUGAUUUAAAAAGUUCUCGGCUUCUUUGGGGGAAUUUGUGGUGGAGGUUCUUUGUGGAAUUUAAAGCAGUGCUAGCUUUAGAUCACUUUUUUGCCCACCUGUAGAAGUUAGAUCUUGAUAUUGAAUGAUUCACUGUAAUGGUAUUCACAUCCUGUUAAGUUAUUUUUACUAUUUGUCGGCUCUUUGUGGCAACCUAUGUUUCUACUGUUCUGUCUCUGAAAAUUGCGUCAAGCUGAGCGCUCAAGUCAUGUAUUUGUCUUGUCAUGAGCUGCGGUGGCUGUCUACAUUUUUGCAUCAUAUAAAGGGAUUACUGAUCAGGGGUGAUUUGCAAGUCACUCUGGACUGUAGUUGUUUUAUUAGUUCAGUUACAUGAUCAUAAAUUGCUGCUUCUUUUCUUCUUUUUUUUCCUUUUCGUCCUCAUACUGCGCAGACAUUGGCUGUAUGCAGUUUUUUAUAAUAUGGCAGAAAAUAAUGCUCCGGCUUGCGUUUUUGAUCUCCUUGUGUUAAAAGUGAGGAUACAAUGUAACCUUCACAAAGUUUUCCUGACUUUAGCACUUGGCUAUUUGCCCACAAUUUUAUUUAUUUCUCGGUGUAGUUUUAUUUUUUUUAUUUUUUACUCUGAUGAUAAAGUACCUUGUCUUGGCUGGGUGAAUAGCUGCUUUCUUGCACAUGUGUCGCGCGCUGUACUAGUUUCCAAUCACUGUGGACUGAUUGAAGCUUCCCCAGUACUGCCCAUUGAUCACGUAUAUGCAGGUGUCAUUGACACAAAUCUGUGGCCCACCAUACAUUAGAGAUGAAUUUCACUGGGGAUGUGACUAGUCUGAACACCAAUAGAGCUUACUGCUAUAAUAUGUGAUUAUGAGCAAACAUUUGCAGUUUGCCAAGAAACUAGCUUGCAAAUCUAAUUACAAUUCGGCCAAACGGCAGGUAAGACAAGAGUCCAUCCUCAGCAAGAUCUAGGAUGAUUCACUGGAAGUAAUGAAAUAUCCAAUGACAUAUGACUAGCCUGUUGCUGCCCACACAUGCGUCAAUGUUUGCAUAGAUCUUUUUGUGGAUGCAAUUAGUAUUUUCAGUUGUAUUUAUAGUUUUAUUUUUAUGCUGUUUUGUCAAAAAUAUCACAUUUUGAUUCUAUUAAAAUGGUCGUAAAUUUUU